AUGAAGCGAAAGGCUGUUCAAAAUUUCGGAAGAAUUAUCAAUACCGACGAAAACGGUACCUCUUUGGGUGAUCAUCCGACAAAACCCUUCUUGGGAACUGCCCAUCUUUUCGAAGAGGGAUACGUUAACCUUUUCGGAUGCUCUGUCAAUCCAUUCGUCGAGGAAUUCGACGAUCAGUUGGGUGUGGCAGUGGGGGGACCGAAUAUUCACAUCUAUAGAAUGCCGGUGUUGGAACCGAAACUUGAAUUAGCUGCAGCUGGAGAAUUGGAUGAAGAAGAAGAUCUCUAUACAGUUGCGUGGUGCUACGACAAGGGAGAAAACUUGCAUAAAAUCGCCACUGGCGGCGUUAGCGGAGUCGUCUACAUCGUCGACGCCGCUUCGAUGGAAGUGCAACGUCAACUCCUUGGUGCCGGCAACGCCAUCAACGACAUCAAAACGUGCCCCACUGAUUCCGAGAUUAUCGCCGCUGCCUCGGCUGACCGAACCAUCCGUAUUUAUCACAUCAAAGAGCCGACUUGCCUUAUUUUGAUAGGCGGACGAUUCUCUCAUCAUGAUAGUAUCGUUUCGAUUGAUUGGGUGUCAAACGCUGAAAAAUUAUACAGCUGCGGGUUUGACCACAAAGUCAUGUGCUGGGAUUUGAAUUCUCGGCGUGUUAAAGCUCAUAUUGCGGAUUGUUGCAGAAUAAUUCGAUCAGGGCAACCACUAGGAGAUAUUCUAGAGUAUUCUCAUUCCUCUGGCAUUCAAGGAGUCAACCAACUUUUCGAUCUCGAAGGCCACACAAUGCUUAUAAAAAAGCCAGAAAACUCCAUCAACGACGUCCACUUUGACUGUGUCGACUCGCUUCGUGUUGUCGACUACAAAGAAAAAGCGUACGUUAUCUCCAAGUCGACAGGACACGGACGCAAAAUUUGCUUCUGGCGAAUUGGCACAUUCGGUCAGGAGACAGAAAUGGUUCAUCGUGAUGAGAUCUCCACAUCGCACACAAAAAUCGCCGAGAUGUCGAUUGAUGACGGUUAUCCAUGGUUCGGAAAAAUCGAUGUUGAUGUGACGGGGAAGUGGUUAGCCGCGCCGGGAGAUAGUGGCAACAUUCACCUGUAUAACUUGAAAAAUCGGAAUGAGAGGAAGGCAUUCCUCGAUCUGAAAGUGCCAGAUAUGAAAGACACUAUGAUCCGUCAGGUCAUGUUCUCGCCGAACGGAAGACUGUUGUUCGUUGUCGGCGAUGCCGGAUUCGUGGCUCGCAUCGAUAGAGUUCCAGACAAUGCGACGAACGUCGUCGAUGUUUGGUGA